AUGUCGAUGCUCUAUAUUCCGUUACUAACGGAUAUCACGUGGAAGCGGUUUCGAAAAGAGUUGUCGAGUGUAACGGGUUUCUGUAAAGCACCAGACGACAUGAGAGUUGCAAUGAUUGCUGAUCCUUGCAGUUCUGACGAGGAAUGUCGUCCAGCAAGCAUCUGCUUGGAUCAUGGAGAGAAACUUAUAUAUAUGGAUGUAUAUCUUGUGGAGGCAGGACAAGAGCGUCCUCUGAUUGUGGCUUGGACAUCGUUCUACAAGGGCACGAUCAGCGCUACGAUUCACCCCACUAUGGACGAUUGUCCGUACGAAUGCGAUCUCGUUGAGAGAAGUGCAGACAAUGGUAGCGAAUCUUCCGCUUAUAUGCUCCAUGGGGCGUACUUACUGGUGUCGACCAUGCUAGAACGAUAUUCAUCAAUUGAUGGUGGCUUAAUGAUGAUUGAAGCGCCACCAAACGCGGGAACCUUCGUAACAGAGCUACCAAAAGAUUUCUUCAACGCGACGAUAACCUAUAGAAACGACUCCAACUAUCCAUUGCCCUACGGGAAAUUCGUAAAACGCAGAGAAGACGACGACGAACGCUUGGUCAUUACAAAGGAACAAAUACAAGAUGCUUUGCCAAAGAAAACGAAAGGAGUGCUAUUGUUGAUGAGCCACUGUUCCACCAACUCGAGUCGAGAAUCCAUCAUA